AACCUGAGCAAGAAGUGAAAGGAGGGAGUGUGUUAAAUAUGUACAGUUUCUGUUCUUUUUAGAGGUGUUGUUGUAUGCACCCGACUCCGAGUUUGGUUCCAAAUUAAUCUGGAACCCAACAACCAACCACCACCAAACUACCACCGACUUCGAGCACACACUUUGACGGCACAUAAACCGAGGGUCCCGAAAAGGAUGUUGACGAGAACAGUCAAGCCCGAAUGGGCCUUUAUCAGCAAGCGGGUCGUACGAUUAUACUCGACCGGACCAUCGACCGACGCAGGAGGAAGAAGAGGACGAUUGACGACGAGGGAAACGCUGGUAGACAUAGGAAGGGGAGCGGCGGAAGACCAAGUGGGCCCGCCCUGUGCUCGUUCGAACCUCCGUCCGAUCCGAUACUCCGCCCGGUUCUCCAGUCCAACGACCUCUUCUCCACCAACAAGCCUCGUCGAGUCUCCUCAUCGUCACCCAUACUCUCUCGAGGAGUUCCGCGCCGAGCCGGUCGAGUUGUCUGGCCGGUUGGCUGAACUCCGGGCCCGUCUCGAGCUCGAGGAUCUCCAAUGGUCCAUGUUCCGGAACCGGGUCGAUAAGCUUAGCCAAGCCUUCUGGGAAACCCAAUCCACCCGAUUCGAAGCCCUCGAACAGAAACAAAGGGACGCCGUACUCGCCCAGACCGUCAACCAUCCUCCAGAGUCUGUCGAAGAACGGCUUAAUACUAGGCUCGAUCAGUUCUACGCCUCCUGGCUCAUCGAUCAGAAGAAACUCUUCAUGCUCUACAAUUGGAGAUGGUGGGGCCUCCAGGCCGCUCUACUUAAGGGCGGCUGGCUUGCUCAGGUCCGGGAUUUGAAAUGGAAGCUGGCGUGUUGGAGAGAUACAAUUUUACCUUAAAAGCUCAUCCAUAGUGUAUCAUUUAUUAUCCGUGCUACGCUUUUCAUGUAAUCAUUAAUAAUCAUCAUGAUUUUGAUAUCAUUCGGGCUCACUUCUCUGCAAAUACAUAACUCGAUCCAUUUGCACCGCU